UGCUUGUAAAGAUUUGGACACUACUUAUCAGAAAAGCCAAUUCUCACAUAUGUGGACGCUUACCUUUUGCCUCUAUGAAAAAUACAGGAACUAGAAAAGCUGUAUGUGUGCUGGCGGUAUUAAACUUAAAACUCAACUGCUAAGCUUCCCGGAUGUGACGACAGUGGACGUCAUCAAGAGACGACUCUCCAUGAACUUGUGCUACUUCAGGUGCAGAUGCUUUCAAAUGGUAUUUUGUAAAUAAAGAAGGACUUUAAAAUGCCUAUGAAAGGGAGGUUUCCGAUUAGGAGGACUCUGGAAUACCUCCAAAAGGGCGACAUCAUCUUUAAGAACAAAGUGAAGAUCAUGACGGUGAAUUACAACACGCAUGGAGAGCUCAGCAACGGAGCAAGGAAGUUUGUGUACUUCAACAUUCCUCAGAUUCAGUACAAGAAUCCGUGGGUCCAAAUAAUGAUGUUCAAAAAUAUGACACCAUCGCCGUUCUUGAGGUUCUACCUUGACGAUGGGGAGCAAGUUCUGGUGGAUGUGGAAGGGAAGGACUACAAACAAAUUUCACAACAUGUGAAGAAGAUUUUGGGCAAAUCAGAAGAAAUGUUACAAGCUGAGGCUCAAUCCAAGAUGCAGGCCCACAACCCCGCCAACUUUGGGCCAAAAAAGUACUGUUUGAGGGAGUGUAUCUGUGAGGUGGAGGGCCAGAUGCCGUGUCCUGGCACAAAACCGCUGCCCAAGGAGUUGACGGGCAAAUAUCGUACCCAGAUGGCAGCCUCACAGGAGUGAAAAGCUGAGGAGGAGAGCUGACUCUUGUAGAUUCACUGGGACGAUAUUAUGGCAUUGCAGCAAUACAUAGGAAUUUUGGGGCGAUACCAUUGCAUAUUUUGCUGUAAAUAUGUUUAACUAAAUGGGUCCCACUGUGCUGCAUGCAUUGUAGGGUCAUCGCUUGCUGGACUGAGACCUUCCAGUCCACCAUAAACAACAGGAACUUACCAAGACCCGAUGCUGUUUGGGUGGGCAUUCAGCACUUUGGUCUUGGUUUGAAAGACUUGAUGUUAGACCUGGUGUUUGAACAUGAUGUUACCCGGCUGAAGAAUCCACAUAUGUGAUUUACAUCUAGCACUGCAUCGCUAUCGUAAUGUAAACAUUCAAAUAAAAUCUCGUUAGCCCUUG